AGUACUAGAUUUACCGCCUGCCAAAAUAUUAAAACGAAAGUACAUAAGGUAUAAGGUGGGGUUUCUCAGUUUGAGUCUGAGAACUUAGAAGUUAUUUGUGAACUGUGAAAGAGAAAAUAAGAAUAUGUUUAAGUAUCUGCCAGCAGAUACGUGUCCACUGAACGAGAAUGAUUGGAACAAGAGAAAAUCGAAAUCCAACUGUACAGGCAGUAGUACAUACCACUGUAUUCCAAACGAUAAACAGGUCCCAGGAGAGAUCUGUUUAUUAUCAAGCUGGGUUCAACCGAAUUUCUGUCCUGUGUACAACCUAAAUGCUGGUGAAAUAGAUCUGGUGCCAUGUGAUCUUCAGCGAGGGAUUUGCUCAAGUACAGAUUUUCUAUCUCACGAGGUUUAUAGAUAUCCAGGAUGCCUAAAUGUUACACAGAAAGGUGAUGUUGAGUAUACAUACAAAACCAGUGGAAGGGACCCAGCACCUAGUGGAUCAGGAAGCCUUCCCAUCCUGCCUCUGAUUGUUGGUGGUGUCUCGUUUGUAUGUAUAUUGGUGGUCAUUGUAUGUGUCUGCUGGCUGUGUAGGAGAAGUGGCAAUGGAUCAGGUAAAAAAAAGAAUGAUGUGGAAAUGCAACAACCAUUAGUAGAGACAUUUCCCAAAGAAUUUCAUAGGACUUGCCAUUAUUUGAAGGCAAAUGUUUUCUACCCAACUAAAGUAUACACCAAAUGUGUUGGGUUGUUUGAAGUACAUGGAAGUUUACUGCUGAUUGGUCCACACGGAUCAGGAAAGACCUCCAUCGCAGUCAAUCUUCUCAGCAAGAAGAUAGGUACAAACUUAAAUGGCAAGAAGUGCAAUGUUGUAGUUUGCAAGUCUAUUGAAGAAGUUUAUGGUAAACUUGAUGAUAACACUGUUACUUUUGUGUUGCUCGAUGAUGCAUUGGACCGGUAUGCUUAUUUGCCAUCUUUGCUUGAAAGAGAUGAAGAAGUAUAUGAAAGUUUGAAAAGGUGUAUUGAUAAUGGCAAACUUCGAUUAAUUUGCACAGUCAAUGAUGCCACCUGGAAAAAUUUUUCCAACAAGUUGUCAAAACAUCCUCUCUUUUGGAAAGAAUUGCAGAUUGAAUUGUCUGAGAAAUCGGUAGACAGAAAUGAAAAAUUUGAAAUUUUGAAGAAGCACCUGAACUAUCAAAGAUUUAUAAUUACUCAGAAGAAGAAAGAAGAGAAUUUGAAAAAGGUAGAUAAGCGUCAUGAUAACAGUUCAACAAUAGUAAUUGCUGAGGAUACUUUAAAAUCUUGGGCAAAGAAAGCAAAAGUAAGGGGUGGAGUAGGGGUUCCUCUGCUCUUUGACCUUUUGAGCACAAACAGACAUUUGUUUGCAUCUGUAGACAAUGUUUUAUCAGACAGUUUGGAAAAUACGUUAAAAAUGCGAAUAUCAUUUCUUAGAAAAGAUUCAACUGGCCCCAAGGACAAAGAUUAUGCCAUCCUGCUUACGUUUGCUGCUCUCAAUGGUGGGAAAGUUUCACUGGAAGAUUUUACAACUAGAGAGUCAAAGUAUGUUGAUCUUUGUAGUAAAAUGGGUUGCAGUGCAAAGAACAAGGAGGAAAUUGAAGGUUUGUUAAACACACAUGAAAUGGAAGGAUUUUUAUACCCUUUGAAAGGCGGUUGGUAUAUAUUUCAUCACACAAUUCUGACUGCCUUGAUUUUAUCUCAAACUGCCAUUGAUUUUGAGGCGUUUGUGAUGGAACAUGCAGAACUGAAUGUCCUCUUUUGGAUGCUUCAGCCACGGAAAGCUAAGACACAAGUACCUUUUACAGUAUCCUUGAAUGAGAAAAGCUUGUCGGCACUUGUGAAGAGAAUUUCUCAGGAAGAACCAAAUACCAUUGCUAAGUGGCAAAGCCAUGUUGUCAUGCAGAACGAGAAAUUACAGCGAGAGCUGAAAGAAGCUGUACAAGUUGAUAAAGCUGCAGAGACUCAGAAGAAAUAGUUCAAAUAUUUUGAUGUGUGCUGAGGUGAUCAUAGCCAACACUGAUUUGUAUUUCUAGCUUUGCUCUAUAGCAGAUUAUAUUAGAAGAAACAUUUAUGACUCUUGAAUAGGCAUUGGAAAUAGUUGAGAUUGGGUCAUAUAUGCAGAAAAUUAAUCAACACCAGGAAAUAUUAAAUAUUUGUCAUAUUAAAAGAGUCGCUGCAACAUCACCCUGUGAAUGUUUUGGAUCAACGAUGCAUUUAAAUAUCUCCUCACAGUACAUGCAGAGGAUAUGCUAGCUUACCUGUGUAUGCAUCUGGAACAAUGUGAUAGACACCAAAUAAGGAGUGAUAUUUCAGAUUUGGGUCUCGUAUUUGAUACAAGAUCCUUAUUGUGUUCUGGGUCAAAAGGUUGUAAAUCAUGGUCGCAGUCAUUUAGUGUAAAUGGAAAUUGUUGUGAACAAUGCAAAGUAACAAUCUACGUUUUUAGCCUCAUUCCGGCUGAGUAGAAGAUAAUCCCUUUUGAAGUUUUUGGUCCAAGAAGAUCAUAUAGGUUAAGAUCACAGCUUUAUAAUUUUAGUAUUUGUAACAGAGAUGGUUGAGGAGAAAAGAAUGCUGGAAUUUGAUUUCGGUGUGAAAAGAUCAUAGGUAUAGAUCACAUUAUUUAAGGAGGCUACAUCAUAGAAAUUUGAUAUGGUUGAAAAGAGGAGGAUAUAUGCAACAAUAACAGAAGUUUAAAACUCUUGCUGGACUCGAAUCCGCGAUCUACAGUUCAGCAGUCGAUGUGCUAACCUACUGAGCUACUCAGCUAGGCAAUGAUAUUUGAAAUGAAUAGACAAAUAUUGCUGAUAUUCAUGUUUUCAUUCAUGUUUUAAAAGGAAGUCGGCCAUUAUGAUGAUGUAGAGUUAGAUGUUAUGAGGUUGAUCUUCAAUUUUUUAUGUAACAAAAUUAUGAAUGGGAAAGGAAAAAUAUCCUUUGUUAACUGCUGUAUACAUAGAUGGGAAGGAUCUAGAUUGAUGGCUCAGUUACAAGUGCACUGAAUGGAUUGUGUCACGUGACGGGGUGCUUCACGUGUUGUUGCCCUUAUGUAUAUACAUGUGUAGUACCUAUUGAUGUUCUGACCUAGAAAUUCACUUGGUAAUGCGUGUAUUUAGAUAUAUGUAAGAAUAUUUUGUUUUUGAUAUUGGUAGUACCAGUUUUUGAUUUGGUACCAGUAGAAUCAUGGAUCAUAAGUAAUGCAAUAAUGUAAGCUUUUUCUAGUUGAAUUUAUAUCGAACGAUUACGUAUUAUUUAUGAAUGGUCCUGCCAACCAAAAAUAAUUUAAAGUAUUUUUAAUGGAGUACAACUGCAUACAUGUAAUUUAAUGGAGUUCAAUUGCGGAGUAGCUCAAAUGAUAGCACAGUCACUUUGUGUGUAGUAGGUCAAGGGUUCGAUCCCCGUCUGUGACAGACCCAAGUCAUUAAAAUGGGUAACGACUCAUCUGGGACAUUUUCAGAGCCCUUUAUCAGGCAUGGUAAAGAGCCAUCACUCCUGUAUACAAUUAUAUAAAUGGCCCAUACUGCCUAGUAUGUCUGUUGGUACCACCUAAAUGAAACUGAUGACAUCUUUUCAUUUGUAAAAUAUUGUUGAUGGGACGUAAAACUUGAAAAUGGUGAUUUUGUUUUCAUUUUACUGUAACUUGCAUGUUUUGUGUUCCUUAAAAGUGAACAUUUGAACAUUCCAUUGUUUUUUAUGGCAGCAAUUAAACUUUGAGAUUUAUUUUCAUGAACUAGUGUUAGAGAUAGAUAGGGGAUUCCUUAUCAAUCUGUAUGUCUGUCUAACCAUCGUAUACAGCGUUCAGAUCGUCAAUUUGUUUGUGUUAUGUUUUUCUUUUAAACCAAGCAACUGCUCUAUGUAAUUUGAUAUGCAAUACUGUAUAUCAUAAUAUAGAUAUACAAAAGUUUAUGAACAAUGUUAAUGUUUUGAAAUUUGUUUCAGAUAAUUUGUUGAUAAUUUUGAUGUACACCAGCAUUUUAUACUUCUUUACUCAAAUUAUUUUAACUCUGUACAUAUAGAUCUGAAUUUUAAUUUAUUAUCAUUAUUUUUAAACUCGUCAUCAACACUCCAGUCUAUAAACCAGAAAUAUGACUGAAUAUUCACGGUGUACGUUUUUUGUGCAUUAGCACAUAAAUUUAUUGUCGUAAACGGUAAACAUUUUGUAAACUGAAUAUAUGUUAGGAUUUAUUUCUAGAAUAUACUGAAUGUUGAGCUGCUUUUUAUAAACAUGAUAUUUCAAAUAAACAAGAUAUUGUGUAUUACGAAAAUAUACAGUUGUGCCUUGAAUAGCUUGUAUUAAAAAUCGUAUAUGCCCCUACUUGUCAAUUUUUAAAAUUAGACCUAUGCUAUAUUUAUAGGUUAUAGACUUUGUAUGGGAAAAUAUGACGACCGAGUUUUUUGGCGCGUAGACGGACCGAGCUUGCGAGGUCCGUCCGCGACAAAAAACGAGGUCGUCAUAUUUCCCAUACAAAGUCUAUAACCUUUUUAUUAUAUACUUUCAAUUUCAUUUAGAAACUAACUAUAAUUUUAUUUUUAACAAUAACUUUAUCGGUUUAACUGAGUAAAAGAUGAAAAACACGAAAAAAUUGAAGAUUAACGGCGUAGAAAUUUGAUUGUGACGUAAUAUUUGCGGGCCGGAAUGUUUCCGGGCAUAUAUCAUGUGAUAUAUGCCCGCAAACUUUUAAAGAAAAAAGAAGAGAUGAAAUUGAAAGUAUAUAAUAAAUAUGAGUAUAUCCUGUACUGGUACAAGGUCGUUUAUUUCUUGACACAGGUAUACAUGUAUAUAGUGUACAUACAUGUUUAUUUUAAUGUGCUUUUUAAAACAUAUAAACUGAUUUUAGAUUUUUUUGGAUACAUUUGAUGGCUUUGCAAGUUUUCCAGGGGAAAACAGCUUCAUUACGAGACUAUUGAUAAAGCAGUAUCUUAACAAUUUCAUUUGAUACGUAUAUAUGAAAUAAUCAAUAUUCAGUUUUAUUAUGCCUUUAUUAGCGUGUCUUGCUUACCUGAAUAAAUAUUGUUUUACUUGA